AUUUUGACACUUCAAGAACCGUGUGUAUGUGUGCGUGUUUUCAACGCGCGCUCUGAACAAAUGUCAAAACAUCAUUUUCACCGAAAGGUUUGAUAAGGGAUUUUGAUUUUUUUUUACGCAUUAUUUUCAUAAAUUUCGUUGAAAUGAAUUCAUUGAUUAAAUGUUUAAACAGAAGUUUAAUACUUUCUGCUGAACGAACAACUCAUCUAGCACCAAUUCCAAGGCUGUUCAGCGGCACCAAUGUUGUGUUCGAUUCCAAAACGAAUGUGAUUUCACGCAAAUUGGGAAUUCCGGAGCGUCCAAAGAGGCCGAUGACCGGAUACUAUCGGUUCUUAAAAGAAGUCCGACCAUCGAUUAAGAAGACGGGAAAAACUACUCGUGAAAUUCCGGUUGUCGCGGCCGCACAAUGGAAUAAGCUUGACGAAAGUCAAAAACAGAAGUACAUUCGUGAAUAUGAACAGGAAAGGGUUGAAUACAUGAAGAAAAAGGAAGAGUACGAGAAAAGUUUAACGAAAGAGCAAAAAUUGGCCAUUAAAGAUGAACGAAUCCGUUUGCGGGAGUUGAAAGAGGAUCGGGCUAACAAGCAAGAGUUGCGAGUUCGUUUGAAGGAAUUGGGAAAACCGAAGCGCCCAUCGACCGCUUACAUUCUUUUUUAUAGCGAUGAAGCGGCCAAGGGAAAAGUCGAUGUGAAGAGCGUCAAAGCGAAAUACGAUGCACUGAAUGAAUCUCAGAAGAAUGCAUAUAAACAGAAGGCCGACGCUGCAUCUAAUGAAUACCGCAAAGCGUUGCAGACAUGGGAGAAACGGAUGGUUGCCAAGGGUUUGGCCGAUUUAAUUAAUAAAAGUACAGCGAAAAAACUCCCGAAGCUCAAAUGAAAAACAAAAUAAGGAAACUGAACACAUGAUAUCCUAGGUUUACACAUGCUCUCAUCGCAGUACAAACACACAAUUUUCUUCUGAGUUCAUUCAUGAGGUUUCUUCUUUUAAUUUCUCUUCGUUGAUAAUGAAACAUACUUACAACCCGGGUAAAUUGUACGAAUUUUGAUAGAAAGCCAUAAUAAACAUAUAUUUUGAGAAAACAAA